UCAGAGGAAACCACCACAGCGAUAGCCCAGAGCCAGAAGCCCAGUGGCAUUAGUUUGGGCUUCAGAGGGUGGAGUUCUUGGAUCUGGGGAGGGCAGAAACGGCAAAGUGACCAAAGCAGUCCAGUAGAGGAGUACUGGGAGGCACAGGAGAAGCUUCAGCCCAUGGAAAUCGAUGAUCUUGGUGCAGGGAAGCAGGAGAGAAAGGCAAACACACAACAGAUUCCUAGAUGGUGGAAUAAAUAUCUUCCAACUGCCUACCUGUCCUGGCCAAUACAAACGGAGCCAAGCAGACUAAUACGAAGGAAACGUGAUGGUCGCAGUGGAGAUGUUUGGGAUCGUGAUGUUGAUGGGGACUAUUCAGACUACGGAACGCCUCCUCCAUCACCUACGCCUCCCUCUCCUCUGACAUCUCCUUUUCGAUUCUUUGCAGAAAGCUGGAAGCUGGAAGUUGUACCAGAGCACUACGACAUCUGCUUCAACUUCUUGCGCCAUCUGUUUGACCUGUUUGUAGUGGGCUUCCUGUGGACUGUGUCCCCUCCCACCAAGCUGGUCCUGGAGGUUUUGGGGGUCCAGGGGGCACUGAGGCUGUGGUUCCAUGGUAUGGCCAUGUUCUUUGUCUCCACAGUAGGAAUGGCAGGAUUACUCUGGCUGAUCCAGGAGUAUCUCCCUCAGUUUGCUUUGAUCUAUGGCAUCGUGCAGGCGCUGGUGAUCUCUGUGAGUGUGAAACAGAGUGUGUUGCUCGGAAUGGAGGAAGAGAAAGAAGAAAAGGGAGAGGAGGACGAGGACGCACGUGAAGCGAAUGACAGUAAAGAGAAUCUUGUGUCUGCAAAGGACAAGAUAAAGACAAGUUAAAGUUUAGGUGGUGAACUGUUGCUCUCUCUUCAGGAAUCCAGCUGCAGGUCAUGACAUCACUGCAGCAGGACACACAGACACUGUUUUGACUCCACCACUCUGUUCUGCAGCGUGACUACAGAACUCUAUUGCAUAUUCAUUAGCAACUCCUACAAGUUGUACUUCUGUCACUUUAUGUUCAACACUAUUGAUCUGCAUUAUAUAUAUAUAUAUACAUCUUUCCUACUCGAUCUUACUGUUCUGUUCCUAAUGAUAGUUCAGUAUGGAAAGUAAAGUACAGUAAUACUAUAAUCAGGGUGAGAAAUAAUGGGGACCCAAACAAUCAGGAAAUGAUCCUGUUUACAUGUUAUAUUCUCUCAUGAUAAACCAUGAGACAACUGUUCCUCUGAGAAAUACACAAUAAACUUGGCCCCAGAUAACCAAAGACAGAAUGAGCAGAAAAUAAGCAUUCAGAAGGAGGCAAUAAGUGCAAAACAUUAAAAACCACUUCAUCAAAUCAACUAAAUCAUCUGUAGAAUUCAAAGAAAACAUUGUAAGAGGACAGAAGAGGCUUCAGAUAGGCUUGCAGCCAGUGAUCAGACAAUCCUUAGUACCACAAAUCCCAUUAUAUUGCUCCUGAUAGCUCCAGCUAUAUAAGAAAUGAUCUAUAAAUAAACAAAAUAUUCAGCCUGUGAAUAGUGUUCAUGUUAGAAAGUAAUGUACCAUGUAUGUGAGCAUGUUGUCAGAUGAAGUCAUGUUAACCUUUUUUUUGUGGGGCAACCCUGUAUGGUUUUGAUGGAGCCUCUGUGUGGUGUCCCCAUUGAAAUGAAUGAGAGGUGUGCAGACUUACUGUGAUUAAUGACACCACAGUAAAGUAACCACUGUGCUUUACUGAAGCAAACUGCUCCCACAUGAAUGAGCAUAGUGAUGGUUCAGGUGUUGCUUCUGGCCAUGAGUCCAGUCCAAAGGGAGGUGAAGAGUUAGACUCUGAAGUACACACUGUAUUAAGUGAAUUUUGGAAUCUUAAGUUUUAUCUACAUAAAGUGCAAUUCUUCUUAAAGGCUGAAGUGUCUUAGAGGCAUGCUCAUCUUUUAAUUCAACUAAAGCUUAUAUGUUGGACGAAUUCAAGUUUCCUGUUUCUUAGUUCUUGAAUGUGUCCAUCAGACAGGAAAUGUUCAACUUGAAACUGUUAAUAUAUCACACAGUGGACCACUACACACUCUGAUGCACUGUGUUUGGAAACAGAAGCACUUAUUCCAGCACUGUGUCAUCCCCUAGUUUUGUACAAUAUUAUAAAAUGCAAUAUAGCUCCCAUACACUGUCUGCAGUCUGUGAUUGCUCCAAUUAAUAUUGUUACAGUGGGGUCCACAAGUCUGAGAGCACUGUUCAAUUCAAGUGGAUGGACUUUUGGACACCACUGUAUGUAACCCACAUCAGACCUGUGACAUCACCUUCCUCUCCAGGGCAGAGAGGUGGAAGGAGAGAUGAGCAAGCAGCAACCAGCACUGCUAUCAUUUAAGACAUCUGUCAAUCAAGCACACACACACACACACACACACACUACAAAAUAUGCUGUUCUAGAAGCCAUAACUCUAGCAGCAGCAGCAGCUCUCUAAUUGAACCUGUGUAUUUUAGGCUUCUUUUUUAGGACAGUGGCUUCAGCAGUGAUGGUUACAGCUUGUUCUCAAGUAUGACUCAUCAUUUGUUCUGGUGAAACAGUUUUGUACUAUAUAUAUAUAUUUUCACAUAUUGAAGUGAAGCUAGCAGCCGUGUCUGACCUGUGGAAUGGAAGAGGCCUUUCCUGCAAACCUCCCCACGUAAAGUUGCAUUAAGAUUCUUCAAAUAUGAACAUGAUGAUAUUGUUGUUUGUCUGUUUUGAUGUAUUGUUGACACAUAAUACCAGCAGCACAUUCUGAUGUGUUCUCUGUACGAACCUUUUGUUUUUUUUGCCUUAUGUCAUUUUUUUGUGCCACGAUAAAACAUGUUUGACACUUUAUUCUUACUGUAGGCCUCUCGCUCUCCCUCUCUCUCUUUUUUCCACUAGGACUCAUUUUGGUGGAAUUCUCCUUUUAGACCCAGAGGCACAAAUUCAGAAGACCAAACAUGUUGUUUGGUUUUAGCAUGCAGUAGCCUGUUUUGCACUCCACACUCUCUUUGUAUGUAACCACACUUGACUUGCAUCAGAUUUAUUCUCUAUAGCAUGUGUUCAGAAAUAUAUGAACCUUCAGUUUGCUUCUCUGUCACAGCCUGUGAGAUGUAGACAUCAGUGGCUGAUCACAUUCAAAUGAAAUCACUUGAAAUGCCAUUUUCCAUUCAUGUGCACAUGAUGUUUUACGACAUUAGAAUUAACAAUAGAAUGAAUUCUGGUAGUAAUGAUUCACUUUCAAACAUGCGAGUCAGUUUGAUUGUAGGAUUUGAUUUUAUUACUGGCAGCCAAACAAUGUAGAAACUAUCUUGGGCUUUUUUUUUUGUUUUGAACCAGAUUUCUAUGAACAGUCCCAAAAAAAGUCUUUGUUGCCUUUAUUCAUUGUUUGCUUAAACAGAGCUUUAAUGGCAGUGCUAUUGAUAAUCCCACAUAAGGGAGCUAUUUUUAUAUAAGCAGCCUAACAAGUGCUGGAUCACUGUUGCUACACACACUCCUGUCCUGCUUCCUUAAAUAAGGACGGAGCACACAGAUACCCGAGGUGUAAUUAGAACUGGGAAGAAGUAAAGGAAGGAAGGAAGGAAGUAUCUGCUGUGACCUUUCACUGUACUUCUCGUUUAUGGCUACUUAAAACCCAACAACUACACUGAGGUUGUAAUGUCCCCACUGGCUCAAUAAAAUGGAUUCUCUUUUA